CAGCCCAGCACUAUAAAACCAUCAGAGUAGUGGCUUUAUGGACCAUCCGAGCGUUGACUUAGUUGGCUUCAACUGGCUUCAUAUAUGCCUGGAACACAACUAACUAAGGCUGGCCUACAUCUCUGCAGAACUUCUACUUCACAUUGUUCCAGUGCUCAAAACACAAAGGACCUGCAACCACUCAUGGCAAAUCCAGUCCAUGAAACUACAGAGGAGAAGAAACAGCUGCCGCUGGGACCCGAGAGGCCAAUUUCACAUCAGAAGUUUAAAGCAAAGCUCACCAAAUGGCUCUCUUACAUUACUGGAGACAUGGCUGCGUUUGGUGAAUGGAUGAAAGGGCAAUUUAUCUUGCUCCAGAUUGUGGACUGGGUGCUGCGUGGAGCAGCUCAGGUGAUGUUUGUGAACAACCCUCUCAGUGGUCUGAUCAUCUUUGCUGGACUGAUCCUUCAGAACAGAUGGUGGGCACUCAAUGGUUUUGUUGGCACUCUGUUUGCUACAAUUUCUGCACUCAUCCUCUGUCAGAACAGAGGAGCUAUCGCAGCCGGCCUGUAUGGAUAUAACGGCAUCUUGGUUGGUCUUCUGAUGGCGGUUUUCUCAAACGCAGAAGAUUGGUACUGGUGGCUGCUUCUUCCCAAUAUCUUCAUGUCAAUGGCAUGUCCCAUAGUGUCCAGUGCCUUGGCUUCCAUCAACAGUCGGUGGGAUCUGCCAGUUUUUACCCUUCCUUUUAACAUACUAGUGUGCCUCCAUAUGGUGGCCACAGGCCACUACAAUCAUCACUUCCCGCAGAUUCUCAUCCAGCCACGCACAUCCUUGCAUAACAUGACAUGGUCUGAGCUGGAUUAUGCAAAGCUUUUCAGCUCAAUCCCUGUGGGUAUUGGACAGGUAUAUGGGUGUGACAAUGCUUGGACAGGAGGGAUAUUUAUGAUGGCCUUGUUCAUCUCCUCACCCAUAACAUUAGCACAUGCAACUAUUGGAUCAGCAGUUGGUAUGGUGUCAGGUCUUGCUCUUGCUGCACCGUUCCAGAACAUCUACUUUGGCUUGUGGGGUUAUAACUGUGUUUUGGCCUGCAUUGCCAUUGGUGGGAUGUUCUACGCUCUCACAUGGCAGACACAUCUUCUGGCUGUGGCCUGUGCAUUCUUCUGUGCAUAUCUCGGCUCGGCAAUUGCAAAUGUGAUGUCUACUUUUGGACUCCCAGCAUGCACCUGGCCCUUCUGUCUUUCUGCCCUCACUUUCCUUCUGAUCACUACGGAGACAAAAAACAUUCAUAAACUGCCUCUUGCUAAAGUCACCUAUCCUGAGAAAAACCUGAUAUACUUCUGGAAGAUGAAGAAAGAGGAGAGAAUCGACAAACAAAGGAAAAAACAAGAGCAGAUGCAAGUGAAAGACGUAGAAUCACAGCUGAAGAAAGAGGAAAUAAUAGUUGCAAUGAAAAAGAAAGAUCAACAGCCUCUGGAUGUUUGCACCAUGGAAGUUCAGGAAGAGGAAACCACACAGAGUGGAACAAAUAAGAAUUCAGAGGCAAUUGAACUUAAUUUAACUCAAUUAUAAAUUUCCCUUAAAUGGUUCACAUGAUGUUUAUUUGCUCAAAGAAAAUGCCACACCUAUAAAUAGCUAAGGGACAUUGUUCUAUUUUUAAACAUUGAGGGCAAUGAGCACCUUUUUACUUUUCUUUUUCUUUUCUUUUUUAACAUUUAAAUGAGAAUGUAUUAUGAGAUAGCCUGCAUUAUUUCAAUGUUUUCAUAA